AUGGGUGAGGCACUUAAUGGGACAGUUGGAUUAGACAUUGAUGAAGAGAAGAAAGUGGUGGAGGAAAGACUGACGGAGCUUCGCGGUGAAAAAGCUUUGGAGCGAACAAUUACAUCGGCCAUGAAGGCUCUUGGAAUCCAAAGAGCAAGGAAGUAUGGAUGGCCAAAUACCUAUGUAUUUACAAAAGCAAUGGGAGAGAUGCUCGUAGGGCACCUCAAAGAAAACAUACCAGUAGUUAUCAUUCGUCCUACCAUCGUAACCAGUACCUACAAAGAGCCAUUUCCUGGUUGGGUUGAAGGGAUCAGAACCGUCGAUAGCUUUAUUGUUGGAUAUGGCAAAGGAAGAAUAAGGUGCUUCUUUGGUCAUCCUGAAACUGUACUUGAUGCG